AUGCUGGCAGCAAAGGGGAAGGCUGACCUGCAGGGACGCAAGGCAAAGCUUGCCCAUUCCUACCAGCAGCUGUUGGACGAAUUCUCGAGUGCCGAUCUCAAGUCGGUCGGCAAUUAUACUCUUGGUCGGUUAAUAGGCAAGGGGUCGUUUGGGAAAGUAUAUCUUGCAACCCACAAGCUCAUCAGGGGCUCCAAGGUUGUUUUGAAGUCUGCGCACAAAGAUGAUGCCAACCUCGCUCGUGAGAUUCAUCACCACCGACAAUUCGUCCAUCCACACAUCGCCCGGUUGUACGAGGUAAUCACAACGGAGAACCUUGUUUGGCUGGUUCUGGAGUACUGCCCCGGCGAUGAGCUUUACAACCACCUCCUUCAGCACGGACCUCUUCCCGUUGCCAAGGUCCAGAAAAUAUUCACCCAGCUCGUCGGUGCGGUGUCCUAUGUGCACUUGCAAUCAUGCGUCCACCGCGACCUCAAGCUGGAAAACAUCUUGCUGGAUAAAAACGAAAAUGUCAAGCUCGUCGACUUUGGCUUUACAAGGGAGUAUGAAGGUCGAACAAACUAUCUGCAAACGUUCUGCGGCACCAUCUGCUACGCAGCCCCCGAAAUGCUCAAGGGCGAAAAGUAUGCCGGCGAAAAGGUCGACGUCUGGAGCUUGGGCAUCAUCCUCUUCGCUCUGCUCUGCGGCGAGCUCCCUUUCGACGACGACGACGACAAUGUCACCCGCACCAGGAUCUUGUCGCAAGAGCCAAGGUACCCCGACCACCUCACGCCCGAUGCGCUCUCGCUCCUCAAGUCCUUGCUAUCAAAGCGACCCCUGCCACGCCCCGCCCUCCCGGACAUUCUGGCGCACGCGUUCCUUGCCGAGCACGCCCCGGCCCAGCAGGCCAUUCUCCAGGUCCAGGCGCAAUCGCCCUUUGCUACGGCACUGGAGAAGGACUGUCUGCACAGGAUGAGGAGCGCGGGAGUGGACAUGGACGCCGUCAUUGAAAGCGUGCUGGCGCACAAGUGCGACGCAUUGUCCGGCUGGUGGACGCUGCUCCUGGAAAAGGAGGAGCGCAAGAUGCAGAGGAGGGAGCGCAAGCAGCAGGAAAAGGAGCUGGAAAGGAGUCUGCGCAGAUUGUCCACUGCUUCCAGUCGGCUGGACCGCAAGCCCCCUGCGCUCCUCCAGGACGCGGGCCAAGACGGCGGCGGCGGCGGCGGCGGCGGCGGUCCGCCGAGCCAGCUCAUCAGACAGGGCGAUCACGGCUCCAGGAGAGGGCGCUCAGAACGAAGAAGCGCACACUAUUACAGCGACUUUACGGUCACGGACCUGCCGCUGCUGCCAGAGUCGGGCCGUUCCCGCGACGAUAUCCCCCCGACCCCCAUCGACAAGGACUCCAUCCGAUCUGUCUCGACAUCACGGCAUCGUCGGCCUAUCCCCCCUCCCAAAGAAGGCGUCAUCCGCAGCGCCCGGUCUCGCGGGUCUACGCUACAUCUAGUGACGACUUCGGAGAACCUCGGACUCGGCAACGGCGCACGCAAGCCGCAAAACGGACAGGAAAAGUCCAGGAAGAAGCCGAGCGAGACCAUCAUUGCUCAUUGGAAAACCCUGUCCCACUGGUUUCUGGAGAAUACGACCAAGCGAAGGAAGGGACACGAGAGACGCACCAGUCGAAGCACGCCCAAUCUGCGCCUCAAGGAAGCCAACCACGGCGGCGGCAAGGACGCCAGCCCUCGACCGCAGACCAGCAUAUACCCGACCACGAGUGCCGCGAGCAGCGGUCAGAACUCGAUCUCUCUGCCAAAGGGAGUCGUCGCCAACGGCCGAGCCAAGGGGCAGAGCACCACCCAACCCGUCGCCGUUCCUGGCAGGACCCCGUCGGCGUCCUCGUCCCUGCGGGCGCCGUCCAGCUCACACCCGCUGCGUCCAAGGGUGGUGACGUCGUCGUCGUCGUCUUACAAGCGACAGUCCUCGUCCCCGGCCCCCAUCACCCCACGGUCUUCUAUGAGACGAUCGUCCGCUGGGCUGCGGGGCAGAAAGUCGACGUCGUCGUCGGUGUCAUCCAUACGUUCAAUGCACCAUCACCGCCACUCGCAUUCCAAAGCUUCGUCCACCAGCUCGGCAGGCUCUGUCGCUGCGUCCAAAACUCCGCUCGGGCGUGGACAGUCGCCCCACCACUCCGUCAAGGUUCUUCCGGCCACACCGACGACGGCUGGGUCGUUCCCGUCCAACAUCCGCCUUGUUCGAGGGUCUCCUGGUCCGCCGCCGCCGCCGCUCCGAAUGUACGACGAAGGUAUGCCACACGGCGGUUCGCGGCCCCCCGGGUCGCCCAACCCCUUUUCCUCGGGUGUUCUCUUCGCGAAGCGGAAACGGAACAUCUUCAAAGGACCAUCCCUCAACCUGGCCAGUUUUGGCCACCACAACAGCCGCAAUGUUAGCUCGGGCUCUCACUCCAGGAGCGGAAGUGGAUCAGCUUUGGGCCGACGAUCCGGCGAAAUCACGGGCAUCCAAGAAGAGGACGAAGAACUGCCCGUGGCUGCGGAAGAAGUAGAAGGCGAAGCCGAGUUUGAGGAAGUCGAAUCGUUCCAACCGAUAGUCGGGGGACCUGGCGAAGUCAUCGAGGAGCAGAUCCUUGAGGAUGAACCAGGAACCACCUUGGGAGUGAAGAGCAAUUCUGCACUUGCCACAGAUGCCGCGAAUGCCGAAGCCCAAGCCCAGGCAUGA